GGAAAACAAGAAACCAACAAAGCCCCGGAGUUGAAUCCAGCUGCUUUUAAUGCAGAAGUGAAAUUAACAGAAGGGCUAAAUGUGGACAGUGUGAAACUGCAGAGCUGUUGCACAAAACUAAGGGAAGGGAACAGGCCUGGUGAACUUAAAAGCACAUUGAAGGAAGGAAGAGUUGCCACAGAGACAUAUCCUGGUCCGGAGCAGGUGAACAUCCAGGAUCAGUUGGUUUCAGAGACUUAUAUUCUAGUUUAGUGACUGUUCUAAUAUGUUUUAUUUUAGUAAGUCUGCAUUAAAUCGAGUAUAGACAAUAAAACGUGGCUGCACCCAAACAUUAUUUUACUUUUUCCGAAGAAUUUGUUUAUUUAUUCUUUUAAAUAAUAUUAUAUCAUUAUUAUUAAUAUUUAGUUAAUUCAAAAAUUAAAUAUAAUAAUUUUGUGCUCAAAUGUUCUUGCUACAAACAAGAAAUCCAGAAUUCCAGGUCAGCAUCUCAGCUGUCGUCCCUUUUUUAGGGCUGUGGAGUCGAUGAGACUAAAGCAAACACUGCUAAUGUUCAGAGUUCAGACUCGGUCCUGGUGAUCUUUGGACAGAACGGGACAAGAGCGUUAGUUUUCAGAGCUGUGUUUACAUGUCAUGGGGGAAGCAAACAAGAACCACCAUCAAAACAAAGACAUUACAUAGAACUUAAACUAAACUAAACUUAAACUAGAACAGAUGGACCUCAAACCAUCAUCAGAACGUGGCAUCAAUAGCUCUGUACCCACGCUCUGACUCGGACUGUUUAAUUUAAAUCAAGUCAAAUUUAUGCAGCCUCCUCCUGUAGGUUUUAAUUCCUCCUGUCACAGCGCAGACUAACUAAGAUGGGGCAAACUUGAUCUGUGGGCGUCUACUGAAGCCCAUCCCUCCCAUUCUGUGCAUUCUGAGUCAUGGCCUCUCCCACUCCUCCCACAGAGCAGAGCCCCUGUUCCCAGCAGGGGGCGACCUCGCCCAGUUCGCCCACAGAAAGGACCCGUUGGUCCCAGUGUGGCCAGCAGGGGGCGGAAUCUCCGCCCAGUCCUCCCACUAACUUUUUCCCACAUCCUGUUGUGCUGCGAGAACUUGCGAGCAGCGGCCUGUUGCACCAUGUUGCCCGGACAAAGCGCCGUCGGCCGGCUGUGUUUGCUCGCCGCCCUGCUGCUGUCCGUCUCGGGGGAGACGAUGUUCGAGAGUCGCUCCGGGAUGAUCCAGGAGCUGCGGAGCGCCCUGGCGGAGCUGGCCGGGCAGGGGAGGACCCAGCUGGGCAGGCUGGCCGGGGAGCAGACGCUGCUGUCGGUGCAGAAGGAGGUGCAGCCGCCGUCCUGAACCUGCUCCUUCAGUACGUCUCACAGCUCCUGCAGGCUGCAGGAGUUCAAGUCGUCCUCCCCCUCAACAGAGUGACUCCAGAGGGCCUGACCUUUGUUCUGCAGUGGGUCCUCGCAGCUCUCGUCGGCUACUGGCUGCUCUCCCUGCUGCUUCGGCUGCUUGCCUCCGCUCUGAGACGGACUCUGUGGCUGCUGAAGGUCGGCUUGGCUUUGGUGGGCUUCGGGCUCAUUCUGAGCGACCCGGGUGUGGGCACGGAGACGAUGGCCGCCCGCCUGGCCGUCCUGGUGUGCGUCUGCGUCCUGCUGGGUGUCGGGCCGUCACGAGGCCCCGACGUGGCUGAGAAAACAGCUCGCCUGGAGCAGCAGGUGAGAAUCCUGGAGAAACGGCUGAGAGAGAUGGAACGACGAAGAAAGACCAACGGGUGAGGGAGUCUGGACUGUGACAGGAACUCUUUAAACACUCAGAUGUCCAACAUAUGAUGGGAAACAAAUUCCUAACAUUCCAGAAAGUAUCGAUAAUAACAAAUCAAAAUCAUAAAUUGGAAUAUGAUUUCACUGCUUCCAAAUGAAUAAACUUUAUAUUUAUAACAAAUGACAAAUAAAAGCUGUGUAAAUUC